UUUCAAGUACGAUAAUUUUUAACGAAGUUACGAUUAUUUGAAGUUGUGCGAAAUUUUGAUAUAAAUGAGUGUUGCGAUAAUUUUGUUGCCCAGUGUAUUAACAAAUAUAUUUUUGUCUUGCUUUCUUUAAUCAGUCUUUUAUAAUAGCAUCACAGUCAAUAUUGUUCAUAUUUUUGUUCUCUAUGUAUAGCAACGAAAGCGCUAGAGAAAGAAAGAAUUAGUCUGGUUUGCCCCACAGUCGAUCUUCAUAAGUAAUUUUUUAUCCGUUUUAAUGUGGAAAACGAUCUCUCUGCAGAGGCAUUGGAUAAUGGGCUUAUUAAAUAAAUUUCCAGUAAAGUAAUGAUAUUAGGAAAUGUUAACUUAACACUUUGCGUUUGCUCUAAUUUUUUAUAAACAUUUUUCAAGUUUUGGGUCGGGUCCUCCCAGCGACCAGGCUUUGAGGCGUGCGCCUCAUAUGCCUCAUGUAUAAUCCAUCACUGGUUUCCAUGUUCAUUUGUUCAAAUAAAAUACGCAGCUUCAUGCGCGAUCAUGUCCGCAGACUGUGAGUUCUAUUUUGUUUCUAAGUUCAUUUGUUCAUACGCGACAAAUACGUGGAUCCAUACGCGAAUCGUUCUCUGUCACUGGCGAGUUCUCGCGGAACGUUCGUCUAUAACGAGUGUUGAUCUACACCAGUCAUUCGCGCUACUAUUUAAUUAUUUUAGAGGUGUAUUAAACUUUAAGAUUUUUAUAUUAAUAUAUAAAUGCAUACUUCUAAGCGGAGUGAACAGUUCGGUACGCUGUUUAAAGCGUAUAGAAAAAGAUAUCCUGAUAAAAUAGGAGACUUUUGUCAAAAAGAAGUGACGAAGAUAUGGAAGGAUACAAAAAAUGCAAAUAAGUGUGAAGCCGAGUUCGAUAAUUGUAUCUCGGCUUUGAUCACAAAUUAUGAAGAGCAUAUAACAAAACAAAAAGCACGUAAUAUAUUAUCGUUUUUUCAAAAGGUAAGUAUUGAAGCUCUUUUUCCAAAAAUAAUCCGCAAUAGUUACAGUGACAUUUUUUUCUGUAAUUGUAAAAGAUAUGAAGCUGAAAAAAAUGUGAACUGGAAUAAAUUACUUCAUGUGAGAUUUAAGAAUUUUUUAUUAGUUAAAAAUAUGUUUUUUCGGUGUUAACAUUAUAAAAAUUUCUUUAGCCCUCAUGUUGUUAGUUACCUAAAUGUAUCUAUACCAAUUUCAUACAAAUAAAAAUGAGUUGUCAAGGUUUGAUCUAAUUUUCGAUCUCAGAUUUAUCAAAAUUUUAGGGUUAUUUAAAAAUUAUCUUUUAAUCCCAAUUAGAACUAGAGUUAUGAAAAUUCAUUUUUCGACGCUAAACCUUUUAUUAAUUAAAUAAAAAAAUUAAUGAAUAAUAUAAAAGUACUUUUUUAAUUUUCUAUAUGCUUAUUCGAACAAUAUAGAGCUCGCAGAUUUAAAUAAAUAUUUUAAAACUUUAUAUAAAUAAUUUAAAAACCAUUUAUUUCAAAAAUUAUCGAAAUUCAUUCAUUAUAAACAAAAUUAGUUAUUUCUAAAAUAUUAUAUAAAAUUGUAUUUUUUAAAUCAAGAGACGCGCCUAUGUCUCUCUCUUUGUCUCUUCUCUAAAUGAACGAGCGAGAGAACCGACCGCCGCCUCUUUUACGCGAAUCAGUGAGUUCAAGCAUACCGAGAUUAUCAGAUCUCAGUAACGGCUAAACCGAUCAAGUUCUGAGUAGUCUCAAUCGAUAGCUUGGGGUCGAAUUGUAUAAUAAAAGUGAUUUUAUUUUUUCUCUCCGUGCCCUACAAGCGGAGAUAUCGCAAUGCAAAUUCUAAGUUUUUGAUAUUUUGAUGUAAGAGACGUCAUUGUCAUUGUCGACCUCAAGAAUUCUCCCUUUCACAUUUUCGAUUAUUUUAGACUCCGCCUGCUGCAGUGUCUAGUGUAGCUCCUUCGUCUAGCGGUGCAUCGCUUGCUCAGACAACAUCUUGCGCUUAUCUCGCAGCAAGAGAAACUAUAGACAAUACAGAUAAUAAAGACGAUGUAGAUGACCAUGAAAUCGAUGCAGCCUCUUCAUUAGUAUCAAGGAAAUACUCGACACCCGGGCAAGAGGCUGCGGCAAAGAAUAUCAUGGUCUUGGAAAAGCGAUUAAAUUCUCUGCUUUUAGCUCGCGACUCAUUUCACUCUAGCGACAUCGAGGAUGAAAUUAAAAAAAUUAAAAAAACGCUAGAAGAAGCAAGAUUUGAAAAGAAAGAAGAGAUUUGAAAAGAAAGAAGAGUAAUGCUGCCUAUCAAAAAAGCACCGUGAUAAUAAGAAGGCGAAAAUGAGCGAAAUAUGCACGGAAUUUCCUGUGGUGAAAGUGAAAUUGCACCAGCGAGACAGGGUUGGCAGACCCCGAAUAGAAGAGAAUCAGCCACUCCUCCUGAAAACUAUCAUCGACAUUGCGAUGUUUGGCAGUGCUGCGGAUGACCGAAGGCGCUCCGAUAUAAUUCGUAGCAUCAAAACUCUUGAUGAACUUCAUGAGGAGUUGCUUAAACUAGGUUUUUCAUUUAGCAGAUAUAUAAUAUAAACUCUAUUCUUAAAUGACUUUCUUGAAUUUUAUCCAGACUGAAAUUAAUAUUUACAAAAAUCUUAAUCCCUUUAUAUUAGAUCCGCAACCUAUCUACGACUCUUGCCUAAAAACUCACGCACUCUAGAGGGACAGCGUCAUGUGAAAACGGUGCCCGUAAGACUUACUCGCGCACAAACAGACUUGCAUCGUAAGCACGUGGAUAGCCCUUUUGCCACGGCCUCCAUAAGAUAUCUAGAAUGCCUUGCUUCUCUUCUUGGUCCGUCGCAAGUGUGUUUUAUUUCACAGGACGAUAAGGCCCGAGUGCCGAUAGGAUUAACAGCAGCAAACAAACAAGCUCCACUAUUAAUGCAUGUCGAGUACCGUGUAUCAUUACCCGACCAUGAUUGGGUGGUAGCAGCGAGACACAAACUUAUACCUUCUGUUUACGCUGGAAUAUGCAUUAGCUCUAAACAAAUGGGCUGUCCUAAAGCUGUGGGCUAUUCGGGUCCGACUUUUAUAGCCAUCAGAAGUGGCAAGCAUUCCUCGUCCACAGCAUCCACCCACGCACGGGAUUUGCACGCACUUCUAGAUCUGGAGGCGUUUCAUGCAUUAGCAAGAACAGAGGAGGGCAGUGUGAAGCCAGUUUUGAUUUUAACUGUAGAUGGCGGACCGGAUGAGAACCCGCGCUACAGCAAGGUGAUUGCCCAUGCUAUCAGCUAUUUAAAAAAAUAUAAUUUAGAUGCUAUAUUUGUUGCCACAAACGCACCAGUUAAAAUACAAUAUUUUGUGAAUAAAGUUACUUUUAAUUUUUACGACAUUCCGAGCUUAUAUAUUUUAUUAUUGGUAAAAAAUUCUUAUAGGCAGAAGCGCCUUUAACCGAGUAGAACGUUGCAUGGCUCCCUUGACCCAUGAACUUGCUGGUCUUAUUUUGCCCCAUGACAAAUUUGGGACACAUCUCAAUGUACAGGGGAAGACUGUCGAUAAAGAACUGGAGCUCAAAAACUUUGAAUAUGCUGGUCGAGCUCUAGCAGAGGUAUGGAGCAGCCUAACAAUCGAUGGACAUCCAGUGCACGCACAGUAUGUUCCUCCAGGGGAAAAGCUUGAUACCUCCGAAGAAUGUGAUGCUAAAUGGUACAGCCGUCAUGUCCGAGAAAGCCAGUAUUUGCUUCAGAUUGUGAAGUGUAACUCGCAUGAUUGUUGUUCCAUUACUCGGAGUGGGUUAAAAAGGGUGCUGUCAGAAGGAUUUCUUCCCCUUUCAAUUCGAGUGACGCAAACAACGCAUGAUUUAGUCGUCACCGAGAAUGAAACAGAUGGGAGUUUCUUAGAUUUGAUGACUCGUAUCUCUCUCAAACUGAAUCCCGAUUCAAGAGGUUUUUUGCAGGUUCCAUAUGAUCUUUUUUGCCAAUCCAUAAAAUCGCAAUUGGAUGGGCGUAUUUGCAAAACGUGUGGCUUGUACCAUGCUUCAAAAAAAUCUUUAUUACAUCAUUCGAAGCAUGUGCAUUUCCAGAAAGAGGAUGCACAUGCUUCGAAUAAUGUAAUAAAGAUCAGAAUAGCUGCUCGACGCAGUGGAGAAGUUCUCUGCGUCAUCAAAGAUCCUGUAUUGGGGUGUGAAGAUACAGAGUGGAUGGAAGAAACAGAAGUAGAGGCAGAUAGUAACAGCGACUCGCACUUUAUUGAUCAGGAGGAUAUUGUGAUAAAUAAUAUGAGUAAUUGGUUGAGAGGACCAUUUGAAAAUGACGAUUGAGUGUUGAUAAUUACAAUUAAAUGAAAUAAAAGAUUUUAUUAAUUUUGCCAAUAACAUAUUGUAUUCUUAUAAUUCUCACAAUAUUUUAAGGAUAUGUAUUUUGCACACUGAUACUAUAUCCUCUCUACUCUCAGUUAUUUAAAGAAUCAUAUAGUUGCGUUGAAAACAAAAAAAAAAA